AUGGUUGCCAUCACAAAUGUACUGGAAGGAAUCGAUGUGCUGAGGCGGAUCCUUCACUACCUCGUCGUUGUGACCAGGAAUGAGGGAGGCAAUGAUCCGACAUUACUGUUCUACGACUUGUUCUUGUUCAACUUGAACAGUCUAGAGACGGUUCAUUUUAGCACUGCGAGAGAAGGCGGAAGUGUGUUUGUUAUGCAGGGAAGAGUUAUCUAUGCUGAAGGCCAAUAUGUAAAUAUAUCAUUCCUACUCGCCGUGGAGGCCCUGGAUGUUUUUAGGCACAGGAACAUCUACACAUCAUGCACUUGGAAGAGAUGCUCAUGA